GAUACGAGCAUUUCGAUGAGACGUAAUUACUUUCAUUAUAUUUGUGUUUGUUUACCGACCUGACGGAGAUUAUUACUAAAAUACACUGUGAGUGCUGGGUGCAGACGAUAGACUUGCAAAUAAAGCGUUAUUGAAGCCAAUAAAUUCAAUUUCGUACCAUUCAUUCUACGUAUGAAAAACUAUAAUUGGUGUAGGCUACAACAGGUGACCGUAUCAAAAUAAAAUGCUAUAGACUCUGGCCAAGGUGUCUCCCUAAUGUUUUGGGUAAACAUUAAAGUCAAGAGAAAAAUGUAAAAAUGUUUUCGUGUUGUUGACACACACCAUGGAGCUGUAAACCUAGUUAAUUAUGUAAGAUUAUGCUAUCGCUAACCUGCUCGUGAAUACGUUGUAUGUUAUUUACAAAAAUAUGGAAGAAAACGAUGAAUUAUACAAAGCCGGAUUGACAACAGAACAAGCAUUGAAAAUACUGCACGAGGAGAUCGAAAAUGUAGUCUUACGCGAAGAAUUGAAAUUUUCCAGCGAAAGCUGGCUCAACAAAGCAAAAUGUUCGUUUGCCAAACCGUACGACAGUCCGAUGGGCUGGUUUCCGAUGUUAAUUACAUUGCUGUCGGUAUUCUGUUUGUAUGCAACCUGUUACUAUUUAUCGGCUACGGUACUGCUGUUGAUACUCCUGGGAACAACGGUAUUGGUCAUUCGGGAAAAUAAUUUGCGACGCACAGAGAUCCAUCGGAAAACACAAACAAUUUUGGAAGAAAUUUCGCUGGCCAAAAUUUUGUGCAAAGACUGGACGGCAGAGAAUUAUCCGAAUUUGUGUUGUCCGCUGUCGCCGUGCGUGACACUACAAUGGACUUAUCGAGAUGGAAUCAUUGUCAAUUUACCUUGGGCUUUGUUGGUUCGGGGCGAUCACAUUAUCAUCCGACCGGGACAAGUGGCCCCGGGACAAUGUACAGAAAUAAACAAUCGUCACACAUUUCAGUGUGGAGAAACCUAUGGACUGUUUCAGCCUACGGAUCCGCCAUUAAAACCGACUGCCAGAGCUCCGUUGCCAGAUCUUGUGUGUGCAUUGGAAACAACACCGUACCUGGACACUUUGAAGACAUCUUUCACUUCAUUUUUAAGAAGACCUGCGACUAUUUACAAUCAACAGAGAUGUUUGCUGGUGACAAAGUAUAUUCAGACGUGGGGAUGUCUACUGGCUUUAGCCGUGACGAUUGGUUUUGGCUUGCUGAAGUAUUUCUCGGUAAUAUUCUCAGUUUCAGAACGUACCAGUAACCACUGGAAAGACCUGUUUCUCGAAUUGCCUGUGUGCUCUGUUCUUCCGAUUUUGCCGCUGAUGUUUCCAGUUUUAUGGAAUUCAGUCAAUUUGUGGGGAAUCGCUCGCCUUGAAACUCUAUUGACUCUGACCAAAUCGGCCACAAAAUCGAACCAGGAAAAAACGUUCCAGGUCGAUUUGGAUACACCGACAACCGAAUGGGAAACGACUAUUCUACCCAGCAGAGAUGUAUUUUUGAAUUGGAUCGGUCUGUGGCAAGGGAACAGUUAUUUGUUGGGUCGCAGUGCUAAUGUGGUGCAAGUACUCGGAUCGAUCACUGCAUUGUGUUGCGUUGAUAAGAAGGGAAUUCUGUCGUGGCCGAAUCCAACCGCUGAAAAAGUAUUCUUCUUGCGCGACUCGUCCGACAAAACGUCAAGAAAAAGCCAGAGUAGUUUGGAGUCGGAGAUAUCGAAGGAAGAGAAAGGUGGAACUGUUUCAGAAGUUUUAGACUUGACACACGAUCAGCACAGUGCAUUCAAACUGGAAUUCGACGAUCAUGAAUGGAAAAGUCACAUUAAUUCGUUGAAGCCACUCGGUCUAGCAAUCUUGGUAAACACAUGCUGCCCAUUGACACAGGAGCAUUAUGCAAAGUUUUGUGGGCAUGUGACUGCUGUCGCUAUGUUAGAUAAAGAUUUAGUGCCCGUCACCAAUCGGUACGAAAUCGUCGAGUCACGAAUGAAUAGUUUUAUGCAUGGUCGCUGCCUCUGUGAACUGGCCAAACAAAUCGGUUUUACGUCCAACGCUCGCGAAAUAUUCAAUUUGGAAGGACAAAUAGCCAGCUAUAUGCACCUGCAACCCGAAGUGGUCAAACGAGACAUCAGAUUUGCUCGCCAACUUCAAAUAGCGUCCAAAGUUAAAGUACCCUUUCCUCAUUGCCUGUCGGUUGUAAUGCGAGAAUCUAACAGCCAGUCUCUGCAAUUGAUGACCCAAGGCACUGCGGACAUUGUCUUAGAUUGCUGUGAUGAUUUCUGGGAUGGUUCGGACCUUCGACCGCUUACUGCACAGGAACGGAAAAGAGCACAGGAUUUUUACCAAAGAAGCGCACUAACCGCCUAUUGCACCGCCUUCUCGUACCGUCCACUGAGACGAGGAAUUAGAGGAGCAUUAGGUGGAGGCCAUUCAAGCGUCGCUUACCUAGAACUUCCGCCCGAAUCAAAGUAUCAUAUGUCACGUGAAGAGCAUCCCAGUUUCAAAUUUGAUUGUCACAAUGCAAUGCCCCAUUCAAUCAGUACGGAUUCGCUGCUUUUUUCCGAGAACAAAGAAGAAGACAUUAACGAUGUGGCCGGCUGUUUCGAAAUGCAAUGUCAUCAGGUCUUUAUCGGAAUGGUCACGAUGCAAUAUCAAGCACAAACGGACAUUGUUCAACUAAUUGAACGAUUGGAUCAGGCUUGUGUGCGUUUCGUUCACUUCAGCAAGGAAAACGAAUUGAGAUCGAGAGUUUUUUCGGAGAAGAUGGGCCUAGAGUCGGGAUGGAAUUGCCAUAUUUCGUUGCUAAGUGAAAGUUCCAGCUCACUUCAUUCACCCAAGAGUUCCAGAAAUUUUAGCAAUAACCUUCAGUCAAAUGUUGCGCUAAACAUCGAAAGUGAAUUGAACGCUGAGAGUGAACUGAAUCGAUUACUUCCGCCAAGCGGCUUAGAAUCGAGUAAAAAUUUGAGUUCAUCAGCACCUGGAGCUAUUUCAAAUCAAGACCAAGACUUCAGCCAAGCCCCGUCCAAUCCAAUGACUGAUUCCAUUGAAAGUUUCCGCUACCAUGAACAAAACAAUCACCAUCGACAUUCGAAAGAUUCUGCCAUGGGGGACGAAAAUUGCCGAUCAUUGAGCGUGUUAACCGAUAGCACCGAGCAAAGUGCUCCUGUAAAUUUUGAUAUGUCCAAUAGGGCUAAAUUACCGCGGGGAAUCGAAAACAUUCAGCCGCAUAUUGAAAAUGUCGACAAUGUCCCGCUAUUAGUGUCACUGUUCACCGACUGUUCGGCGGAGGCGACACGAGAGAUGCUCGGCAUCAUGCAAUCGUACGGUGAAAUUGUUGUGUGCCUUGGAUCUAGUGCAAGUAAUGCAAAUGCAGAGAUAUUCUUACAAGCGGAUUGCAGCAUUGGCAUUGAACCGUUGUAUCCUCAAGUGUGCCAAGAUAUACCCGCCUUCACCGAAUUAAAUGUAUUGAACAAUAAGUCAAACCUAGCCAAAGAUCAAAUGCAACGAAAAUGGUACCAAGCGCCAAAAGAACAUUUGAAGAACGCAACUCUAUCACCAAUUUACUUGAGUCGAAUGCUCAAUUCGUUGUCGUGUUCAAUAUCUGUGUGCCGAGAAGAUCCACUCUCGAUUGUUUCAUUAAUUGAGCUGUCCCGUCGAUUUUCGAACGGACUCUGGAAUUGUAUCCAGUUUUGGGCAUGCUGUGGCAGUUCAUUGGCUAUAAUGAACGCACUAUGCGCCUGCAUAUCACUGCCGCCGUUACUAACACCGUUCAGUCUCAUCUAUUUGAUGUCGGUAGUCAUACCAAUUUUAUCGGUAACACUGGUUCGCAUCAGCCCCGACCAACAGAUCAUGAACCGAGCGACCGGCAAGAAACAAACCAAAUUCGAUUCGAAAGUGUUUUUCUACGUGUUGUGCUGCUAUGGUUGUAAAUUUUUGCCGACCAUUUUGAUAAUGAUGUUGUCUUACUGUACAUUCAUGGCUCAUCCGAUCGUUCUGAUAGACCUACAUGAGAACGAUUUUAAAGAUAACUUAGAUGGGGCACGGGUUUAUCUGUUGUUUGCAAUUGUUGUACAUUUUGUCAUCAUAUCAGUGAGCUUCGUUCAUCGUGAUGGUUCCAUUUGGAAUAAGAAUCCAUUUUCCAAUGUCCCAUGGGUUGUAGUCAGCAGUUUUAUCCUUUUGAUGCAAUCAUUCACGUUCUUCUUCAAUGUUAUUUUCGAUGACAUCAUCUUCGACAAUUUCUCCAAAGUAUGGCCAAUUGUUUUGUUUGUGUUCGCAUCCGGCGUUGUGGUUUUUGCCAUAACCGAGAUCUGUAAAUUUGAAGAGCUGAAAGUGAAUAUGAGAUACCAAAGGAGAGCUAGACUGGAUUUUGGUACAAAAUUGGGAAUGAAUUCACCGUUUUAAUCGCACACCUACCACUCUUUAAAAUGCUGACCAGGUCUUAUUUUUUUAACAAGAAAAAAUUUAAAUAUAUUUAAGUGUCGACAAAAGUUUGUUAUAUUAAUUUUAUAAUAAAAGGAAAAUUGUCAAUCAGAAACGGAAGAAAUGAAAUUUCGAGCAUUAAACUAAGAUUUUUACGUAAAUAAGGCAGCACGACUUUCUGUAAAAUUAGAUCAAUAAAUGAAUGUUUUGAUUGAAAUCUG